AUGGCAAUGACAGAAGAAGCAUCGGCCUCAGAUUUUGAAAUGUCCAUAAGGACUAUACUUCUAGAGAAGGAGUAUGAGAAGACCCUUUCAGUUUCCGCUCGUCUUCUAGAUGAGGAGAGGGAUCGUGUACGACGCAUGGAGCUUUUGCUCUCGAAAUUUGAGAAUGAGGCUCUUCGGUCGCAGUUGAAGGAAGCAAAUGGGCAUCUUUUGGGAUUCACAAGUGCUGAUUCAGAGGCAUGUGCUCAACUUCAGGAGGCUUGCCAAGAAAUUGAUCACCUGGAGCUUCGAGCACAGGCAUCCUCGAUUGAGAUUAACCGACUCAAGGAAGAACUAUCGGUCCAGAAAAAUAAUUCGACCAGUUAUAAAACUGUCCUUGCAGAGAAACUUCGUCUCUCCAGAGAACUUUCAACUUUGCAGUCAGAGCUUGAGCGGUUCAGAGCGCAAAAUGCAUCAUACCAAGUCACCAUUUCCGAAAAACAUGAGAUGGAACGGCAAAUGAACUCUCUGGAGCUUCAACUUGAUAAUGAAAAACAUGCCCAUGAACGUGCUCAGCUCAAGGCGUCACAGCAGAUGACAGAGAUCACCCAGCUUUCUGCUCGAGUUGGAGAGUUACGGGCUGAGCUAGCGGGGGAAUUACGAGCAAAACAGCAGCAGGAACAGGACAACCACCACCAGAACUUGGCAUGGGCUAAUGAGCGGGCGACGUUUGAAGGAAAGAUUGAUUCGCUCAAACAACAAUUGCGGUCCACCAAGGACAAGCUUCAGGAAGCCCAGGUUGAAAUUCAGCAGCGACGCAACGUAAAAUCACACGCAGGAAAUAACUCUGAAUCCAGCUCUCGAAAAAUCCCCCUUCAGCGCCCUGGCCCGAGUGCCGGCGUGACGAUCGUAACCCCUGGUGCUGUUCGUGUGCAAGAGCAAUUGAAAAAGCAUUCGGCUGUGCCUGGGGACAAGUCGGCGUUUUCCAUCACUCCAUUCUUGAACCGCACAGGGGCACCUUCGGAUUCCCCAAUGAGCUCAGUUGGAGACGAAGACGAGAUUCUUGGAAACGACGACACUCCUCGUGGACCACUUGGCAAGCAGGGUACUUUUGGCGAACAGAAGCGAAUUGGUUCUGCCCUCCGGCGCCAGCUAUCUCCAACAGAAGACCGCAUUCCAAUCACAAAAUCCACCAAACCAAGGGCACGCGACGGCGCAAUGCCUGUAUCAGCACCGGAUAAAGAGGUCAAAAAACCAAGCCAUCGCUUAGAUCGCAGGUUGCCACCCAACGAAAUCGAUGAAUUACAUGAUCAGUUUGAGCAUGAACAAGCCAAGCCGAAGAAACGCAAACUUGGUGGUCAGCGGGAUCGGAGCUUGUUUGAGGAGGAGGAUGAAGAAGAGCCUGAGCUCAGCAAGAAAUUUGGACGAAAACUUGCAACAGGGAAUGGUCGGGCUUUAACGAUGGGGAGUAAAACACAAAGUACCACUGGUCUACCACGGGCGCUUGGGCUCGGGGCAGCACCCAUAGGGUUUUCUCCCCUGAAGAAAGACCGCAGACGAUUUUAA